UUAAUUGCAAUGCCAUCGCUUCACAUUUUGGCAUCUAACAUUUGCAAAUCUCCCUCACAAGGUUGAAAGACUGACCUCCUUCUCUGUCCAAACAGUGUUAAAGACAUCAACUCUAUGGCUAAGGUGUCAGUGAACUGCCCUUGACUCACUGUGAUGGGAUUUCUUUUCAAACAAGUCGUUGGGGUUCCCGAAACAGUAAAGCGUUUGCCAUGCCCUUUAAAAACCUACACAGACAAAAGAGUGAGAUAAAACAAAACACCGCCCCUGUACCUCCAUUCCCUUUGCAUGACAAACAAACUCCUUGUUGACCAACGCACUGUGAGGUGUAAAGCGCUGUCUGCUAAGUGGGUUGUCUUGUCAGUAGUAUUUUUUUCUACUUUUGCCUAAAAUCUAGUUGGUUGGUGUUACCUUGGACUCCCCGCAACUUGUCCUAUUCAUGUGUGGAAUCUUAUUGUUGGCGUGGACAUCAUUCAAGCUGGUGUUCCAAAGCAACUGGAGGUUCCCACUUCAUUAGAGCUGUGUUUCGGAGAGCUGGAGAGAGCGCAAGCACUACGUCUGGCUCUGACAGUUAGUCGAGGUGAUAACCGAGAAGAUUUGGUGGAAAGGGCCGAAGACAGUACUACGUUUCAGGAGAGAGGAGACCAGAAAGGCUUUAAGGAUGACACCUGCUACACUGGCACUGACAUGGUCUUUGCUCUCAAUAUGGACAGUAACUUCUGCUGUGCAGAUUGAAGAAGGUGAUCUCAAUGAGACAGUCAUCUGCACCAAAGAUCAGAUGCAAGUUAUCAUUCCCAGUGUGUUUUUUCUAAACAAGGAUCCACCUGUUUACGUUUGGGAUUUGCAAUUGAAUGAUCCUGACUGUCGAGGUGUUGAGGUUGGGAAUGACUAUGUCUUCACCAUCAAGACAAACCUCACAGACUGCGGCACCAUUAUGGUAUCGGAUGGUACUCAUAUCAUGUUCACCAACACAAUCCGCAACAAUGAAACCGAUAUCAUCACCAGAAGCUACAUCAACAUCACAUUUGGGUGUCGAUACCCAGUAAACUACAUGGUUCAGCAGCAAAAUGGGGGGAAUCUGAUCAGAGUGGAUGUCAGGACAAUCACUCUGAACACGGAGGAUGGAAAUUUCUCAGUCUCCAUGCUGUUGUAUAAAGAUGAAGAGUUUCAGGAUAAAUGGACCACUGUUCCUUCUCUCACACUUGAGGACAACAUCUAUGUCAAAGUUUACAUGAUUCCAGCGAAUCUUUUUCUGAGAGUGGAGAGAUGUUGGGCCACACCAACCAAUGAGCCUUACAGCAACAUUCAGUAUAUCUUCAUCAGGGACAGCUGUCCAGUGUUGUGGAAUGACCAGACACUAGGUGUGAUGAAGAACGGUCAAGGACCAGAAGCUCUGUUCAGGAUACAAAUGUUCAAGUUUGUUGGCAGCUCCUACACAGAUGUUUUCCUGCACUGCAACGUCCAGAUCUGUCAUAACACAGGAGGAGUGUGCCAGCCUAACUGCUCUUCUGAAGAUGCAUCAGUACGGACACGCAGGGAUGUUGCAUCAUCUCACACUGUCUCGUAUGGACCAAUCAGAAGGCUCAAAACUGACAUGGAGAAUACUAAUCCCAAUUCAAAUUUGCCCCCUGUGGAAACCUUUGUACUGGGUGGUUUGCUGUUCAUCCUGAUUGUCAUCACAGGAGUUUUUGGGAAACUCUGGCUCCAGAGUAAGAACUCGUAUCCGACCCAAGAGGCCCAGCUCACUCUCUCCAACAUCCACCAUAUCUCAGAGGUGGCCAGCUAACCUGGGAUCUCAUAUACACACAAUGUUGUGUGAAAUAUGUUCAGUUUGAAAGUUUUGUCUGCUAACCUAUAGUGCAUUUUCUAUAGUAGUUAUAGUUUUGUCUUUUAUUGUGAAAUAAAUAAAAAUGCUUUUUGAUUUCCUAACAGCUUACUUAAUAUACUGUUCAAAAUUAGUUAAUAAGCUACUUUGUGGUUGUGAAAAGUGCAGUUGAACAUGCUUAUGGUUAAUGUGAUGCUCUACAGGAGAACUGACCUUAUACAGUACAUCUAAA